AUGGCCCCCGUCUCUCGCGAGCUGUCUUUCUUUCAAGAGAUGUACAACCCCUUAGAGUCCGACGCGCCCGGUAACGGGUACAGCGCUUUCCAGGGCGCGACGGAAGCCAGACUGGUUUCUUUCUACGACAACUCUAUCGACGACCACGAGGCAGACGCCACUCAGCCGGGAAUCGGGCCCUUCGAACCCCUCGCAUACCCCUCUUACCUGUACUCGUCGUCUCUGUUCCCCUCCAUGACAGAGGCGUACCCGCCCAGUCUGCUCUACGGCGGAAUCGACACCCCGUCUCUCUCAUAUUCCGACACCUCGUCUCCUUCGUCUUCGGAACUCUCAUCCCCGGUAUCUCCUAACUCAAGUCUGCUCGCGGCCGAGUCCCUUUCCACCACUCCGACGCCCGUCUCUUCCACCAAGGGCGGCCGUCGCCCCCGUACCCGCGGCCCUGUGAACUACCGGGAGCUCGAGUCUGACGCGGAGAGCGAGGGCAACGGCACCGAAGACGAAUAUCGCCCGUCCCCGCCACCCCAGUCUGCCAAGCGCCCCGGCGCAACCCGUACGAAGCGCACCAAGGCCAGGGCUCGCGCGGCGCCCUACCCCUCCUCCUCCAACACCUCCUCCGCUUCCCCCGCCUCCUCUUUGUCAUCCCCCUCACCCGAGUCGACCCCCUCUCAGAGAAUCAACAACAGGAACCACGAAGCCUCCUGCCCGCGCCCGACCGAGAUCUUCCCCGACGCAGACGGCACCCUGCGGUGCCCAAUCGAGCAUUGCAAGCACGCUAUCCGCCCAAAGGGCCCGAGAAAGCCGCGAGCGGGGGACAUGCGACGGCACAUUGCGACCCACUAUCCGCACGAGAACGAGGGCAAGUGGAAGUGUCGCGGCUACCCGGUGGACGUCGCCGACCGCCGCGGCAUCCCGGGCGAGUUGCACUAUGUCGACGGCGAGCUGUAUCGCGGGGGGUGCGGGAAGAACUUUAGCAGGAAGGACGCGUGGAGGAGACAUCUCAAGGCUGGAUGCAAGGGGGGUUGCAAGUAGAUAGGGAUAUCCUCGGAAUCUUACAUGUAACAAGGAAAUUGUAUGAUGUUGCUUCAUUUAAGGACUCUUUCUCUCAAACUUUGUUGUUGCUGGAUCUUUGUUCCCUCCGUCGCCUCGACCGAAUUAAAUGAUAGUUGCGAGAAUAUGGCUGGAUUCGUAGACUAAUUGUAUUUUACAUGUUGC